AUGACUCACGAUAUAAUGGAAAGCCAUCCUGUGGCUGGGCAAAGAUUCGGCAACAUUCUUCAUUGCUCACAUGGUAGCAAAUCUUCCAAUGAACCUGGUUCAAGACGAAAGUUCAACAGAUCUGUCAACAAUGAAAUGAGCGAUCGGGAAAAGAUGUCCGGAUAUACAGGUCAUGUUCCGAGGAGGAAUUUUUACUGUGGAAAAGGUUAUCAGGAAGAGUGCAGACGUGGAAUUGCUGAUUUCGAAAGACUGCAGAUGGACAGGCGAGAUACACAAGCCAGAACAAAAUAUUUUCCACCUGAGGAUCUUCUGCCAAGAACAUUGGUUUUUCCUAAGAGACUCUGUGAAAGACCUGAACACAGAAGUAUACCUUCCUACGCUACUUUUACUAAUCCAAUGAAUUAUGGAAUGUCAGUCUUUGAUAUGAGUGAUCUGGACCCAAGAAAAACAUCUUUAACUAGUAAAUACUGUGAUGUUGGAGUUACUCGUGGUAAGGCUGCGAAUCAAACUCUAUGUGACUUGAGUAGCUCUAGGUGGGAGCGCAUGGUCGCAGAAAGACGACCGAAGAUCGACGACUGGUACCGCUCUCCAAAUUUUGGGACUCCUGAUCCUUAUCCGUUGGACGGAUACCAUCCACCUGCCUAUCAGUCAUCCAAGCCUGUUCCUGGAUACGCAGGCCAUGUACCAGGUUAUCGAGAUUGUUGUUCGGGAGAAACGUUUGGUCAAUCUGCUGGUUCGAUAUUGCGAGAUAAAGAUCUGGUGUAUUAUAAUGGUCUGAGGAAACCUUAA